CAAUUCGACUUAACCAAGAACAACGGAAAGCACUUAGAGAGACUCCGCUACUUCGUCAUAUUCUCAGUGGAAUCAAUUGAUGCCCGAGAAGAAUAGCGGGACCAAAAGUGAGAGCGUCCAGGCAAAGAAGGAAAACGCGCGCUGUCCAAUUCCGACAACUUUCAUUGAUCCCACCACCUUUUUAUAGACGUUAGCCGCUGGAACAGUCUCGUGGAAAAGAAUAAGGCCAAAAACCACAAAAACCCAUACAGGCCAAAAAAAACAACAACAACAACAACAACAACAACAACAAACAGUCUACGGAGACAAACUCGAACCCUUCAGAAGAGGGCGGCUAACAAUUCAACUGUUUACCAUUCACGAUGGAUCAGAGCGGCAACUCCCUUCUGUUGAGGUUCAUCGAAUCGCAGCAGUUUUCGCUGUUCAUGUGCAUUGCGUACCUCACCCGGUACGCCAAUAACAUUGGCAUCCAUCACCAUCUCUGCCAGAAGCUACGUACGUAUAAGCUAGACGACCUCAGCUUCUUCAUACCGCAACUGUGCCAAAUCCUGGUGACAGUGGAUACGGAGUCGAUGGCGCUGGAGGAUUUGCUGCUGGACUUGGCCUCGAAUGAUCCACAUUUUGCGCUGUUGACCUUUUGGACUCUUCAGGCCCACUUGACCGACCUGGCAGAUGAUCCGAAUAGCUUUGCGUUCCAAAACGCAAGAAGGGUAUUGAACACGCUACAAUACAUUCUGUUUAACGUUGGUUCUGCCCCGUCGCAGAGGUUCAGGGAGAACGUUGCGCCUGCUGUUAUUAUGACGUCGGCGAUUGCCGCGUCAAUUGGGCUACCACAACUCGGACAGUUCAUUGAGCCCGUGGCCAAGAGCCAGGGUCGUAAGCAGAAGAGCUUUGUGUUUGAAUUGGCAACCAAUUUGAAGCAGAAGAUUACUGAAAACUUGACCCUGAAGAAUACAAGGAUGAACUCCAGCUCCAGUAUGAAGUACGAUACGAUUCCAAAGUCGCCAAUUGGGGACGACUACAAGAAGAAGUUACCGCCACAGACUGAAACAACGUAUGAUUUUGAGCUGAUCGAUGCUUACGCUGACGAUAUUGAUAAGAAUCACAAGAUGAGAAACAAACUCACGAGAGAUAUACUCCGCUCGCAUUCCUUCUACGAGACUGGUCAUGAUUUGUCUACUGCAUCCUCACCAACGUUUGGUGUUGGAUUUGACCAUGAUCCAAAUACCAUGUCAAUGCCAGAUUUACAACAGACGCAAACUGGUCCAUCAUCACCAACUGCAUCUUUGAGCUCAUCCCCUGGAGAUAGGCCACGCCAUUUGAGGGGAAGAACUCGUCAUAGAAUGAACUCUCAUGGUGCCAACAUCAGAAACAUCUCACCUUCUCUAAUGAACACUCCAAGCAAGAUCAAACUACUCAAAUCGAAUUACUUCAGAUGCGAAACACAAUUUGCAAUUGCACUACAGACCAUUUCGGUGAGAUUGAGUGCAGUGCCAAAAGAGGCCAGGUUGUCAUCGUUGCGUGCAGAGUUAUCACUCAUGAACAGAGAUUUACCCGCAGAGGUGGAUAUCCCCACGUUACUACCCACAAACAGAAGGGGUAAAUUGCACAAAAUUGUACAUAUCGCAGCGAAUGAAGCAGCAGUGUUGAAUUCUGCAGAGAGAGUUCCGUUCUUACUGUUGAUUGAAUACCUGAGUGACGAUUUAGAUUUUGAUCCAACUACAAAUUCGAACAACAGACUACUCCAUGAGAAGCCAAACAACUCUUACAUUUUUGAUCUAGGUAUUAAACCAACCAGUUCGUUGUCUCCGCAUCCAACGGAUUACUUCGAAGAAGAACCGGUUGAAACAGAUUUGGGUGAUCUGUCAGUGGUGAAGUUGUCAAACAAGAAUGAAUCUGAGUUGUUGACAAACGAGAUGUUUGUUGCGUCAUCCUCAAAGGUUCCAAUCAUUGACAACGAGGAUGAACGUGGAAAGGAAUUGAACUUUAGCUCGGACCUCAAGCUGAGUUUCGAUGAAGACUCAGAUAACUCAGACUUGGCAACACAGAUGAGAAUAGCUGCAGUUAUGUUGUCGCAACUUGAUAGCGGCACCAGUUCAUUACCGUCGGAUCAGACAGCUGCUAUUAAGGCAAAGAUUAUCACAUCCAUGCAAUCCUUACAGGAUAAAUUUGGCUACAAAGAUUUGGAGGCAAUACAUGGAGCUGCUGGUGAGCGUAAAUUGGAGAAUGACUUGAAGUUAGGAGGUGUCUCCAAUAACAACUCGAACGCGUACCUCGGUGAAGAUUGGCACACUAAAAAGGAGAGAAUCCGUAAACAGAGUGCCUAUGGACACCUCGAUAAUUGGGAUUUGUGCUCAGUGAUUGCCAAGAAUGGUGAUGAUUUGAGACAAGAAGCAUUUGCCUCCCAGGUGAUCCAAGCGAUGGCGUCUGUUUGGAAAACGUCAAAUAUUCCUGUAUGGGUCAAGAGAAUGAGAAUCCUUAUCACGAGUGCCAACACUGGUCUUGUGGAAACCAUUACCAAUGCCCUUUCCGUCCAUUCUAUCAAAAAGGAAUUGACAAAACUCUCGAUUGAGAGUGGUGAUAAUCCAAAGGGAAAAAUCAGCUCACUGACAGAGCACUUUGAGAGGUGCUUUGGGGAACCAUCGUCGUCAAAGUAUAAGCGCGCACAAGAUAACUUUGCAAUGUCCCUUGCCGGUUAUUCUGUCAUUUGUUACAUUUUACAAAUUAAGGACCGUCACAACGGUAACAUCAUGCUGGAUAACGAUGGACACAUUAUUCAUAUCGAUUUUGGUUUCUUGCUCUCUAACUCUCCGGGCUCUGUCGGUUUUGAAGCUGCACCAUUCAAGCUCACUAAUGAAUAUAUUGACUUGCUUGGCGGUCUUGAUGGAGCUCCAUUCAUCAAGUUCAAGAAGUUGACCCAAGAUGCAUUUAAAGCUUUGAGAAAGCAAGCGGACCAUUUGAUCACGAUGGUGGAAUUGAUGCAAAAGGAUAGCGACUUGCCGUGUUUCAAAGCAGGGUCUCAGACAUCAGUCCAGUUUAGACAGAGAUUCCAGCUGCAUUUGACCGAAUCGGAGUGCGACGCCUUUGUUGAAAACUAUCUAAUCGCAAAGAGUAUAAAUAGUGUCUACACAAGGCUCUAUGACCAGUUCCAGUUACUUACUCAAGGUAUUUAUAGUUGAUUACAUUUUAUAAAGUUUUUAAAAAAAGUUGUAC